AACCUUCUUCCAUAAAUCAAUCUCAGGGUUCUUGUGAAUUGGCCCAGAGCUCCCAGAGAAGGAUGUUCGACAGAGAGCGAACAGAACCUCCAGAAAAUCAGAUGCAGAGGUAUCUAGUGUCAGCAGGUCAUACAAAGUGGCUUAGUUCUGAAUGUAGCCUACACAAUUCAAGCACAUGUUUGCGUAAUGUGUUCUCGGCUUGGCACUGUGAGUGCCUGUGGGUUUUCUGGCUUCUGCUGUUGGUGACUUUUUUGUCAGUAGGCAGGAAAUGUGUGAGCUUGUGUGAGAAUAAUUUCACAACUUGCUGACCACACAAGCAGUUAAGAAAAGAAUGCAGUAGCUGUGCUAUACUGCAAAGAAAUUGCCAGGGUUUUUUUUCCGCCCUUUUGACCACUGAAGUUGUAGCACUAAACUUCUUCUUGAAUCAUGCAGGCAAACAGCGGGGUCACAUUGAUCUUGCUGAGUCUAAUGGCCAGAUUGGGGAGCCCAAAGGCUGUACUGACUCUGCAGCCUAACUGGCCCCUGUUCUUCACUGGAGAGACUGUUGGUUUCAGGUGUUUGGGACAGCCAUUCAAACAUUAUGGAUUCAUAUGGUACAGAAAUGAAUCAAAUAUUAUGGUGACAAAGCACACAUCCUAUGAAAACACCUACAUCAUCUCACCUGUUACUGAAGCCCACAGUGGUAUAUACAGGUGCGCUGAUUUUGGCUCCUAUAGUGAUCAUGUCGGACUGAACGUGUCAGCACUGCCUAAAGCCAAGCUGACUGCAGAGCCAAAAUGGCGCCCACUGUACAAUGGAGAGACCGUCACCCUGAGGUGUGAGGUAGACUCUUACAGCAACUGGACAUAUUCCUGGUACAAAGACCAGACCCAGAUGGCCGUGUCCCAGACUGCUGGUCACAGUGUAACUGGUAACAGACUCAACAUCCCUGGUGCUGCUGGGUCUGACCGGGGGCAGUACUGGUGUGAGGGGAGGCUGGAGGGGAGAAAUGUGACAUCACAGCGCAGCGACUCCAUCACUCUGACUGUAGGUGAGUCUCAGGGUAGACUGGUGUUCGGUCUGGGAGCUGCUCCUCUGCUGCUGGCCUCCAUUAUACUGUGUGUGAAAUGGUGCAGGAAACCAGGGUCGUCUAAUGAGGCAGCUGUCAAAUACACUGAAGAGAAUGUGGAAGUUGACUUAUAAAACCUUCACACAGAAGCUGGAUCAGUGUGCUCAUGUCGAAUGAAGAACGUUUGAGAGCUCAGGAUUAUUUUUCAUUGUGAUGUUUCCCAGCUUGCAGGGAAAUCCUGAUUGGGGGUACAGUCAUGGGGACACUCAGUGAGUUUUGGGAAUGAGAACAGGAAGUUGUUGUGCCUCUAGAGUGCAGGAUCUGUGUAAUAUUUAUCUGCAGUUGUGAUUCGCGAGCGCUGCACAUGACAUCUUUGUCUAAGUUAGUCAGCUUUGAUCGCUGUGUGUUUGUUUCAGGUCCUACGUUGAACUUUAUAUAUGAUGCAGAAAACUCGCGAAAGACGUACAUACAGCUUAAACAGCUGAGACUCUGCAACAUGUUCAAAAUGCAUUUCAUGUGUCUGCGUGUAUUAGUAUUAAAUUAAAUGGACUUUAAAGUGUG